AUGAAAUCUUCUCACUCGGCUAUUCUUCUGGCUCUGAGCCACUACGCAGCUGCGGCGGCCAUUUACAAUAAACGUGCCAUCUCAUCAGUUGUCACCGGCACACCAGUCGGUUUUGCAUCCUCCGUCACGGGUGGCGGUGAUGCCAGCCCAGUCUACCCGACCACUAUCGAUGAGCUGAAGGAGUACCUCACUUCUGAUGAGGCACAGGUUAUCGUCAUAUCCGGCAAGUAUGACUUUUCGGGCUCAGAGGGCACAUCCGACUACGACGCCUGCGACGCUUACUCGUGUUCGCCGGACAAUGGUGGACAAGCACUGCUCAACACUCUAAACGGUUGCUCCACGUCGACAUAUAGCGUCACCUUGGACACGGCAGCCUACCAAGGCAUCAAUGUUGCCUCGGACAAGACCCUCGUUGGUACGGACGGUGCGACGCUCUACGGCAAGGGACUGCGCUUUGUCGACGUCUCCAACAUUAUCGUUCAGAACAUUGAGAUUACAGAACUGAACCCGCAAUACGUUUGGGGUGGAGAUGCUCUUUCAUUCUCGGGUACCAGCAAUAUCUGGAUCGACCACGUCACUACCUCAAGCCUCGGUCGCCAACACUACAGCUUUGGUUCAGACAGCAGCCAAGGUAUCACCAUUUCCAACAGCUUCAUCAACGGUCAGACCGACUACUCGGCAUCUUGCGAUGGACACACCUACUGGGGUCUUGAGCUUGUCGGCUCGGACGAUCAGAUCACCUUUUACAAGAACUACCUCUACUACACCUCUGGCCGCAGCCCAGCUCUGUCGGGUACCACUCUCUUCCACGCCGUCAACAAUGUCUUUUCUUCCAACAGCGGCCACCUGAUCGAGGGCGGCUCCACUGGCGGCCAGGGUCUGUUCGAGGGCAACUACUUUGAAGACAUCAACACCGUCAUCGACUCCUACAGCGGCGUCAUGUUUGCCGCCACCUCGGACAACCUGUCGACCUGCUCGUCCUACUUGGGCCGCGACUGUGUGGCCAACAGCUACUCGAGCUCCGAUGAGCUCACUGGCGACGACACUUCCUUCCUCUCGCAGUUCUCGGGUCAGAACAUUCCCGAGGCUGAGGACGUCUCGUCGAUCCAGAGCUCCGUGGUGUCGUCGGCUGGAAACACUCUGUAG